AUGGCCACCGACGUCGCACUUGAUACCACUAUCGGCACCAUCGUCGUCGAACUCUACCACGACCAUGCGCCCAAGACAUGCAAAAACUUCUCCACGCUCGCGCAGCGCAACUACUUCAACGGCUUGAUCUUCCACCGCAUAAUUCCAAACUUCAUGAUACAAGGAGGCGAUCCCACGGGCACCGGUCGAGGCGGUGAAUCCAUCUACGGCGAAAAGUUCGAAGACGAAAUCACCCCUCAGCUCAAGCACACGGGCGCAGGCAUUCUCAGCAUGGCCAAUUCCGGGCCUAAUACCAAUGGCUCGCAGUUCUUCAUCACACUGGCGCCGACUCCGUGGUUGGACGGAAAGCAUACCAUAUUCGGAAGGGUCAAGAGCGGGAUGCAGAUCGUGAAGAAGCUGGGGUUGGUCAAGACAGACAAGGAAGAUCGCCCUGUCGAGGAGGUCAAGAUCAUCAAGGCAUAUCUGGUUGACGACGGAGCCUUUGCGAUGCAGCGGUACUAG